UGGUCACGUGACAGAUGAUCAGGAAGUAGGAAACUUCACUACUGAGCAGCAAAAACCGGGAGGAGGCACCCGGUUACCAUGCAGCUCAGACUCAGAGUUUAUUACAGGAAUCAGCUGAGGAGCAGCAGAGCAUGUUUCAUAAAGCAUUUCUGAGAAAAUUCACGCCCCUCCGUCGCGUUCAGGUUAGUAAACGAGUCGUAACGAUGUCGGUACCGAGUCUGUUGGGCGAGAGCGAGUCGGAGCUGCAUGGUUCUGCAAGUUCCUGCGACCUCGUGGCGAAACUCCAGGAGAAGAUCACAGAAGAAGAGAUGAUCAUCCACAGAAAGCAUGAGGAGGCGUGUCAGGCGAAGGAGCAGAUGUACGUCGACCCUUCCAGUGGGUAUAAGGUGUUCACAGAGUAUGCCCACCUCCAGAGAGGGAAAUGCUGCGGCAGCGCGUGCAGACACUGUCCAUAUGGCCACGUCAACGUGAAGGACCCUGCGAUGAAGAAGCGCUUCAACUCCCUGUUUUACGUGUAGCCCCGGAGCCCACAAAGUGUUUAGCCUGUGGUUCCCUGCACCGCGGCGGAUCCUGGGAGAGCCUUCCCUCCUCCUUCCUCUCUCCAGCUCCUCGCCUCCACGUCCACUCCUGUUCUGGCCACGCUCUGGGAGUGACUGAGAGUUCCCUCUGUGUCAUUUGAGGUGACCCAGAAAUGAGAACUCCAGAUGAAGCCUGGAUGUGGGGCAAUCCAGCCCGAGGAGCCAUGCAGGCAUCCAGGAGGACAGGAGGGCAGGCGGGCAGUCGUCCUGGCUGGCGCCAUGCUGGAGCUCACAAACACAGCAUUCCUUUCCGGGUAUCAGGCGUGGAGAACGCCUGGUGUUGUGGUUCACUGUGAAACGGAUCUCAGCGUUGCUGCAUUAUUGAUGAGAUACACUGUGAUGUCAACCCAGGCUGAAGGAGCAAAGCAAAAUGACUGUUAGCACUAUGGCACAUGAUCAUUUAUGAAGGCAGCACAGAGGAGUCGUUAAUUGUCACCCUUUUGCUCCCAGCUCAAGAGCUCACAAACACCGUUUUCUCUUCUCUUGUUGUCAGCUGAAAUCUGCUCAUCUACAGGCUCUUUCAUUUGUUUAUUAAUGUUGCAGCCUGCACUUUAUUCUGUUUCAUUCAUUCUUCUGUUUUAGCCUUCGUGAAGCUCUAAUAAAAUAAAUACAGAAACAGGUUUUCAUUUAAUUAGGCUCCUUUUGAAAACAAAGAUUUGUCAUAUUUAAUAAACCUUGAAUGAAAAAGA